AUGUCUCCAUCUAUCCCCUCCAUACAACAACGUCUCACAACUACCUCCACUCUCAUCCUCGAAAGAUCCCGUAUCAUCUCCCUUUCCCUACCUUCCAACCCCUCGGCACAGGCUCAGAUAGUUCGUAAUCUCACUUCCAUCCGAUCUGACCUUUCACAACUAUCCGACGAAGCGGCGUUGGAGACUUCAGGAUUACAAGUGGGUAAAAGACCAGCGACGCCGAGGGUGAUACAUGAGAUCAGGGAUUUGGAAAGGGGUUAUGAUAGUUUAUUAAGUAUGUUGGGGGAGGAUAAAGUUGGAGAAGUAUCCUCUUCAGACCCAGUCAAAAGCAUUUCACCACCUCAACUAGCACAAAACUCUAUUGCCUCCACUUCGAAUCUCAUUCCUAUCCUCUCUAUAGACCCUCCUACGCCUAAUAACCCCCUAGACUCUGAUCCGUUCCAAGAUCAACUUCCCUCCUCUUCUAAUAUCUCAACAUCUAAUCAGGACACAUCUGCGUCAGACACCAUUGUUAGACCUUCAAGAGUAGAAACAUCAGAUCAACCUUUUAGAGAUUAUGAUUCAGAGGAAGAAGGAGGUAAAACUCCACAAGAGUUGUUACAAACACAACAAGUGAUGAUGGACGAUCAAGACGAACGUCUAAACCUUCUAUCCCAUUCUCUUCAUAGGCAAAACCAUCUCAGUAUACAAAUAGGUUCAGAACUAGAUUUACAUCAUGAUCUUUUAGAAGAGACGGAUUUAGCUAUGGAUCGGACAACUGCUAGAUUAGGAAAAGCCAAAAGGAGGUUAGAUAAAGUAGCUGGGGAAGCUAAAAAGUAUGGAAGCACAGUGACGAUUGUUGGUUUAAUCUUCGUUUUGUUAAUCUUGAUUAUUGUUUUCAAAACUUGA